AUGGCGCAGGAUAAGCUGGAUACGAGCGAGGCGAAGGAUAUAGAGGGAAGGCCUGGUUACAAGAAACUGGCGAAUGGCAUCAUACUCGGUCCAGACGGCAAGCCAUGUCGCACCUGCAACGAUGUAGCCUCUCUAUUCGCAAUGUCGGGCAAAAUGCCUACGAAGCGCACGCAAUCCACCGCGACUGCCAAAACUACCCCCACAAUGCCCGCUGACUGCCCGCCGGACGUGGAAGCCCUCGGUCGCUCAUCGUGGACACUCCUCCAUUCCAUAACCGCCACAUACCCAACCAACCCGUCUCCUCAACUUCAGUCAGAAACCAAGUCAUUCCUCUCCACGUUUGGCAAAUUAUAUCCGUGCUGGGUGUGCGCAGAAGAUUUUCAAAAGUGGAUGCAGAAGAACACGCCGAGGGUCAGCAAUCGCAGCGAGUUCGGCGAGUGGAUGUGUGAAGCGCACAAUGCAGUCAAUGAGAAGUUGGGCAAGGAGACAUUUGACUGCAAGAGGUGGGAAGAAAGAUGGCGGACUGGGUGGAAGGAUGGCAGGUGCGAUUUCUAG